GCGUCUGUGUACUGGGGUGGAGGGGAGUCCCCUUUCUCCGCCCCUCCCCGCCCCGUGGCCGCGGCGUGGCGGGCCCGGGGCGGAGCUGGCGUCACCCGGGCAGGAGGGCGGCUGCAGCCGGCAGGACAGGCAGACGGACAGGCUGACAGGCGAGAGAAUAGGCACUGCGGGACCGGCAGGAGAAGGGCGACCCUGUGGCUGGGAAUGUGACCCCGCGGCCAGAGGAGGGCCCGGUAUCCUCAGGUCUGAGCCCCUGGACAGCAGCUCCAGGCCCAGCUGGCCAUGGCCCUGUGCCUGAAGCAGGUGUUCGCCAAGGACAAGACGUUCCGGCCGCGGAAGCGCUUUGAGCCGGGCACACAGCGCUUUGAGCUGUACAAGAAGGCACAGGCCUCUCUCAAGUCGGGCCUGGACCUACGCAGUGUGGUGAGGCUGCCACCGGGGGAGAACAUCGACGACUGGAUCGCUGUGCACGUGGUGGACUUCUUCAACCGCAUCAACCUCAUCUACGGCACCAUGGCUGAGCGCUGCAGUGAGACCAGCUGCCCGGUCAUGGCCGGUGGGCCCCGCUACGAGUACCGCUGGCAAGAUGAGCGCCAGUACCGGCGGCCAGCCAAGCUCUCUGCGCCACGCUAUAUGGCAUUGCUCAUGGACUGGAUCGAAGGCCUUAUCAACGACGAAGAGGUCUUUCCCACGCGUGUUGGAGUUCCCUUCCCUAAGAACUUCCAGCAGGUCUGCACCAAGAUCCUGACCCGCCUCUUCCGAGUCUUUGUCCAUGUCUACAUCCACCACUUCGAUAGCAUCCUCAGCAUGGGGGCAGAGGCACACGUCAACACCUGCUACAAGCACUUCUACUACUUCAUCCGCGAGUUCAGUCUGGUGGACCAGCGGGAGCUGGAGCCACUGAGGGAGAUGACAGAGCGGAUCUGCCACUGAGCCCAGGUCUGGACUUUUUUGGCCAUCAGAUGGACAAUCUAAACACAGGAUGGCUGGCAGAGGGGACCCCCAGGAGCCUGAAGGAAUCUGAAGGCACUGGAACCACUCCACACACCCAAAGCCUCUGGACUUCUGGUUCUCAGGAGUCUGCCUACCUGUCACCCUGACCGCUUGUGGAUGGAGAAGGGGAGAGCAUCUAGGCGGGCAAACAGAAGGGAAGUGGAGUUAAACCUCUGGCAUGAAGUGUGGGAGUAGGGUAGGCUAGGGGGUUUCUUCUAUGACACUUGACCCUUCCAUGCUGGUUCCCAAGCCUAUUGGAGGAAUGUGGGUGUGGCCAAGGUGAUGGCAAGAAAGGUGCAAGAGAGUGAGCAGCCUGCCUGUGAGUGAGCACAGAUGCCGGGGUGUGUGCGUGUGUGAUUUUCAGUGUGGGGUGUGUCUGUGAGAGCUAGCUGCCUUACCCCUCCUUGGCACAUAGUAGGCCUUCCAUAAACGUUGGAUGGAUGAAUAGAUUGGGACCAUCAGACCAUGGGACCAUCAGACCACAGCCACUGUAGGAGUGAUGACAGCUCAGCAUCCCCACUCAGUAUAUCUGACCAUGUGACUAAGUGCCCAAAAUGUGGUUGUAGAUGUUGCUCUACAUUCAAACCUUCCAGGCUACAUUCUUCCAUCAGCAUGAGUCCUGGAGAGCUGGGGGAAGGUAGGAAGAGGGGCCUUGCCUUGAGUUCCUAAACCCUGACCCACCACAGACACAGGCUCCGAUUCUCUUACCCAGAGAUGCCCAUGAGCUGACAUUAUACUCAUCCCUCUGCCUCCAAGAAGGGCUGUAUUAUAGGUAGCCUGGGGGUUGGAGAUGAUCCCUCAAGUACACAAAGGUCCCCCCCUGGCCCUUCAUCUGGGAAUCAUAUACUCCAGUCUAGCUCCCAGAAUCUACAGACCUGGCUCCUCGGAUCUGAAGCCCAGCACAAAAUAAUCCCCCAGUCCAAGGAGCUUGUGGAACUUCAACUGGGAACUUUGGAGUCUUCUCUCCCAUCCCAGGACAUUGAGGAUAUAGUUGGUGAAUGGACUCUUCCAGUAUGGAGAUCCUCCAUCCUAAAACUACCUGCCUCCUUCCCAGCCAUCCCUCAGGCAUUCCAGACAGUUGGAUCUCAGAGCACAGCUAUCCACAGGGACUGGGAUGUUCAUUCAACACUCCAUUACUCAGUACCUCCAUACCCAGCCCUAUGCUCAGACCCACAGGUGGGGAAACUGAGGCAGGAACAGGGUUCUGCCCUCCCAGAGCCUCCACUCUGGGAGGCCAGAAUGGAAAGCCAGAAGGGACCUGAGAAUCAUCCAGUCUCACUGUCUCAAUGUACCUACGAGGAAACUGAAGCCAGGAGAAGAAGAGGGAGAAACUGUCCAAGGCCUCACAGGGAGGUGUUCACAGAGCUGGAGAAACCAGGGAUCCUGACCCAUCUAUUGCUACACAGAGAUACACAUGGAAAGAGGGUGUAACAGACCUUCUCUAGGACAUAACUGUUUCUGCUUUGAGCAAUAAUUUCUAACCUGAUGCCAACAUGCCCCCACUGCCCUGGGGUUGGCUGGGGUUGUUUCCUGAGCCAAGCAUCCAAUAUCAUGCCCCACUAAAUAGCCUAGAAGCUGCCUGCACUUUGGGGAAACAGAUGGAGCUCUUGGGGCCAGCCAGCUGGGCCUGGGACUUCUGCUUCUGCCGCCUCCAGAGUGGCCCGGCAGCUUUGCCGGAGCUGUGGAGCGAGGGUAGUAGAUUUCCCCAGAGUGCUGUGACUUGCAUGAUGGAUUCUAGGCUGUGGCAAGGGCUGAUGUCUGGGAUGGGGGGAGGGUGGGAAAAUGUAUUUUUAUGAAACGGAGGGAAGACUUUAUUGUUGUUAUUUUUGGUAAAAUAAAAGGCAAACUAAAGCA